GCUUGACUGGCUGCUUGGCAACGCGCGCUCGUCUGUGUUUAUCAGCGGUUCAGUCUCACUAAUGAUCACAGAUUAAUGAUGUUAAACACCGCUUUAAGCUCGUUUGGUGCUCAGGUCGUGUUAGCGACUUCCAGCGAUGAGAAUCAUCCACCGGAAAGCAUGAUUGAUGGAAACACAGAGACGUUCUGGCUCUCGACUGGUAUGUUUCCACAAGAGUUUAUCAUCCGUUUUCCAGAUAACAUGAAAAUAUCAGUGAUAUCCGUCCACAGUUUUAAUGUAAAACGUUUAAGAAUAGAGAAAAGCACACAAACAGAUGCUGAGAAAUUUGAAGUCAUAGCAGAGAAAGAGUUUGAACAAACAGAGGGAAAUCUACAAACAAACGAAAUAUCACUGGAUGGCUCAAAUGCGACCCAUCUGAAGUUUCUCAUCCUGUCUGGAUAUGAUCAUUUUGUCUCAGUGCACAAAGUGGGAAUACAGGCAUAAGAAGGGCUCUAAUGGAUUACCAGGGCUUGUAAAGUAAUUUUAUAUUAUGUACAGCAAUCAUUUGUCUAAACGAAACCAAAUCUUACUAUAUUUUGCAUAAAAUCAAACUGUAAUAAACACGUCAGAUAAUCAGACUAUGACUGUUAAGACUCACUUGAAUGAUAACAUUUUUAGCACCGUAUAAUUCAGUAAGCAGAGCCUCGGUAUUAUUACACUAGGAUUAAUGUACCCCCCCCCCCAAAAAAAC